UCUGUCUCUCUGUAUCCUCCCUGUCUCUGGUCCCCAGCAGUAUCUGUAUCUCUCUCUCUCUCUCUGUCUCUAUCUGUAUCCUCCUUGUCUCUGGUCCCCAGCAAUAUCUGUCUCUCUCUGUCUCUCUGUAUCCUCCCUGUCUCUGGUCCCCAGCAGUAUCUGCUUCUCUCUCUCUCUGUAUCCUCCCUGUCUCUGGUCCCCAGCAGUAUCUGCCUCUCUCUGUAUCCUCCCUGUUUCUGGUCUCAGUGGGCAGAGGCAGUGCUGACGUCAUUCCAGCUGCACUGCCAGCGAUGUGAUGCUGCUGCCUGGGAUGUGAUGCUGGUGGAGACAGACAGACAGGGAGCAGAGCCAUGUUAGGAGCAGAGCUGCCCUGUGUGUGCAGGGUGUGAGCUGUGUAUAGGAGGUAUCUUCGCCGAUAUUAUGUCAGUCGUGUUCGCAGCUUGAGCUUGCUAAUUGGAGCCAAUGUCCUAACAGGCAGUCCUCACUAUGGAUAGCCCACCCAAACUUGCUGGAGAAACAUUGAUUGUGCAUCACAUCCCUCUGGUUCAUUGUCAGGUGCCAGAUAGACAAUGCUGCUCUACUUCCAAACGAUCACAUACAUAUGGCCAGAAUGAACUUGGAAUUACAAGAACCACCUCCCUUCCAGAGAGGGAUCUAUCACAGGCUGACUCCUUGGUGUACAGCAGUUUAAUCCAGGCUUCUGAGCCACCCAUAAGAGAAAGGGGGAACAAAAAAGAUGAGGAUUUGCAGGGCCCCACUACUACUAGGAAGCGUCACAACCCAUUUCUUCCAAGUGAAGAGAAAGAAAAUAUCACAUCAAGUGAAAAGGCUGGGGAGAAGUCAUUCCAUCUCCACAGCAGCCUUGCUGGACCAACAUAUGGAUUUAAUUUCAAAGAAAUGACACUGCCACCUUUCCACCUUCACAACACUCCACCCAUUGUGAAGCCUUGGAUGUUGUCUGAUAGGUCUGGGCUCAUGGAUGGCCUAGAGGAGAAGGUUUCACUUGCUGACCUGCAAAAGGGGACUAAUGGUAAUGAAGUUUCCACAGGAUCAAUCCUUGAAGAACCAACAUGGCAUCAGCAUGGUGGUCCUAGUUUCUCUCUGGACUGGAACCAGAGCUCAGAUUUGGGAAACCAAGAUAUCCUGCAGUGCAGGGAAUGCAGUUGUAAUGGAUCUGAGCCUAUCAGGCACUGCAGAUGUUACAGUGCCUCAAGUCAAUCAGAAAUGGACCAGCAGGUUAGCUAUGUAAGUGACUCCUCCUGCAACAGUUCAGAUGGUAUCUUAGUUAAUUUCAGCACCUUGUAUAACAAAAUGAAUGGACAUCCCAGGUCCAACCUGAACUCUGGGAAUCCCUCUUGUGACUCCUCAUUGUGUAGCCACACAGACACUGGAGCCUUCUAUCUUGACCUUCAGACAUCACCUACAGAAUCCAAAAUGUCUUGUGAUUCACAUGUUCAGGAAGAACCUGGAAAAUCAUGUGGAUGUUUCCAUCCCUCCUCUCCUGUGUUGGAUGCCAACUGCAAUUCAUAUCAUCUUCAUUGUGACUCAGCACAAUGCCCUGCAGAGAGUUCAGACUUGACAUCUUGCUUACAGAGCCAGGCAAGGCUAGUCAUGGCCACACAAAAUUAUUAUAAACUGGUCACAUGUGACUUGUCAUCUCAGUCAUCCCCAAGCCCUGCUGGCUCAUCUAUAACCAGUUGCUCUGAUGAUCACACCAAAGGGAGUCCAGUGCAACCAACAGAAUAUUUUCUCUUUCAACAGCCACAAACAAAUUCUAGUGAAGAUGAACCCAAAAAGCCCAUUGAAAGAUCAAAAUCAGACACAAUCGAGGGACAAGUUUAUGUCAAUGUGUCACCGCCAAAUUACAAUAGUGGCAGACAACGCUCCCGCAGUUAUGACCGUAGCUUAGACAAGAGCCCAACCAAUCGACUGGGAUCCCUGGAACGUAUGAUGAGCUGUCCGGUAAAACUAAGUGAGGGCCAAGUCAGCAAUGGUCAGGGGUCUUCCCCCAAAAGGGUCACAUCGUUUCUGGAGUUGGCUAAGAGCAGAAAGAAGAAUGGCACCAGCCCCCCACUCAAAAGCAGUGGUGAUUCUUCCUUGGAGUUCUCACCUAUCCCAGAAUUUCAUAGAAAUGGAAACGGAAUUUCGGAACGUGGAGAACUUCGUAGUCACAGCCUCCCACCCAUGUCUUUCCUGCAUUGCAUGAGUCGUACCUGUGAGGGGUGUACCAACGAUAACAUUGAAACUAAGGCUGCAAAUCCUAAUCCAGGCCCCAUGUUAAGCAACACAUCUGAAAGCAGUGAUGGGGAAGUGGAGCAGCCUUUGUUGUGCAAUGUUAUGGAGCCGAAGGGCGCUGGAUUCAGUUUCCUGCCAAGAGACCUAAGAAUCAAGGGAGAUGGUGUUGGAGCUGAGGCAAAGCCUGUUUUCCGUUACAGCAAGGACCAGCGACCAACCACGUUACCUAUCCAACCAUUUGUUUUCCAACAUCACUUCAGCAAGCCCAAGACUCGUCCUCUGCAUAACCAUUUCACCUCUAGCUUGUCCCAACUCUACAGCUUGUCUGGUAGCCGAUCAUCAAGCCAAAAUAAUAUCUCUGAUGCCCAGUCCUCAGCACCAGUUACACUGGCUAGUCAUACUGAGGCAGCUAACAGUCAUGGCAAGGUAAUUAGUGUGGCAGGCAAACUUACACUGGAUGGAAUGACAAACAGCAGAGAAGAUCAGAAUAAAAAAACAGUCCCUGAUACAACUCGUCCAUCCCCACUGGGCAGUUACUCUCCUAUCAGGAACAAUGCCACAUUUUUUCAGAGCAUGGACUCUGGCUCUUCUAGCUCUCCUUCUCCUGAGAAAGGCAAGGAAAUGCAGCCACCUCGAAGCCGCUCAUGUCCAGUUUCUGCCAAUCUUCUGCCUUUGAGAGCACCACCUACUAGAGGAACCACCUUGCCAGGAGCAUCAAAGCCCCCUCGAAAGUAUGAAGUUUCCCCCAAACUGGAAGUUAAAAUAUUGACAACUAAGAGAGAGCCACUCAAAGAACCCAGUACUCUUGUGUCAAAGCAUGGACUUCCUCCCAUUACCUCCUUGCCACUUUUGAACACAGUGGUCCAUGAAAACAGAGAGUCCGUGCCACCCAGGAAUGAAGAAGAGAAGGGUAUCCCUGGCUCAGAGAGUAUACCUGUUUUGCGACCACUUAAUGCCAACCACCUGUCCCCCCAGGCCUUGAAAUGGAGGGAGUACAGGCGCAGGAACCCGCUGGGCCUGGAUCGUGUUCAUGGUUUAGCAGGGCUGUCCGGCAGCAUGGACAGGAGGCAGGAGACCAAGAUAACACGAAGGAGCCAUUUCUUCGACUUCCACAGCAGCAUGCACAGCAACCACCAACACAUGCGGCUCAAUGGGAAGCCAUCAGCCCUCAGCUCCAGCGACUUCUUCCCUGAUUAUUUCUCCCUCACAGAGCGGCCGCCAGCUGAGUUCUGCCUGUCACCAGACGGGAGUGCCGAGUCUCUGUCCAUUGACCUUCUUCAGAAGAGAGGGCUGGUGAAAGCCGUAAAUGUAGCGGUAGAUCUCAUCGUGGCUCAUUUUGGGACAAGCAGAGACCCGGGUGUGAAGGCCAAGCUGGGAAAUAGUUCGGUGAGCCCCAACAUUGGACACCUGGUCUUGAAAUACCUGUGCCCAGCAAUCAGGGAUAUUCUCAGUGAUGGUUUGAAGCCUUGGGUACUCGAUGUCAUCAUUGGCCAGAGGAGGAACAUGCCCUGGACAGUGGUGGAAGCCUCAACACAACUGGGUCCUUCCACGAAACUCCUACACAACCUGUGCUAUAAAGUCAACCAAUACCAUGAGCUGUCCAACCACAGCCUACGCUUCAAUGCAUUCAUCUUUGGUCUGCUCAACAUCCGUUCGGUUGAAUUCUGGUUUAACCAUCUACACAACCAUGAAGAUAUUAUUUGGUCUCACUAUGAACCAGUUGGCUUCUUGUCUGUGUCACAUGGAGUUUGUCAGGCACUGUUUGAGGAGCUCCUGCUGCUUCUGCAACCACUAUCACUGUUACCUUUUGAUUUGGACCUAUUAUUUGAGUACCACCUGGCUCAAAUGAGCCGAGAACAACAGCAGAAGAAAGAAAUGCUGAGAGUCAAGCAGGACCUGAUGCAGUCUGUCCACUCCACUCUGCAGCUUAUGAGAAGUCGAGAGGAGGAGGACCAAGUCACACAAGAGAAAAAGACUGUACAAAGGGCAGACUCUGAUGUAUCAGGCAUUGAGAGGCCAACAGGAGAAGGUGCUGCAACUGUGGAAAAUGUUGAAGAUCAAAAGAAGGAUAAUGCAAUGGACCAUAAAAAAGACAAGCAGGCUGGAUGGUGGUACCAACUAAUGCAAAGCUCACAAGUUUAUAUAGAGAGCUCAUCUGAUUCAACCAGGUUUACACGACAGGAAAGGAAAAGGCUGAGCAGUACUGGCACACCAAAAAAAGCUCCACCACCCCGAGAAGGAGUGGUUGAUGGGGCUGAAGCCUGUCCUAACAUUGAGAUUGCAACAGAAGAAAGGUCAACUAAGAAGGAGGUUUCAGAAAAAGUACAGAAGGAAGACAGGCGUUCAUGGAUGGGUAGUCCUCCGGAGUCUGUGGUCAAUGAACUGAAGCAAGGCAAAGAACAGGAGACUGAACAACCACAAAAAAAACAAACCAGUAUGACUUUGGAAGCUACGACAAAAGAGAGCACAAUAUUGAGUCAGAGCAGCACUGCCAGAAAAUGGGGUCACUUGUUUGGGUCCAGAAGACAAGGAGAAAGCAAAUCAACUAACAGGCUACCCUCGGGCUGGCUCAGUCUGGAUAAAUCUGUCCUUCAGAUGGUGGCUCAGACAGUAAGUGCAGGAAUCUGGGGAGAGACUGCUCCAGAGACUGAAGAGGUCCAGUCAACAGUAGGAGGGUCUGCAGUCAUCUCAUUGUGCUCUCAGAAUUCUCGGCAAGUUCAGUCUUUACCUCCUCAUACCGAACAGAGACAGCUAGAUUUUGUCUACCAUGGCCACUCAGACCAGCUACGCUGUGGCAUGGGCAGUCGGAAUGGACUGAUGCCCCUGAAAUAUGUUCCUCAUCGUAACCAAACAGACACUUAACAGAUAUGGCUGGGCUGUGUGACGUACGAAGACCAGGUUCAUUCUGAUUGUGGAACGAAGUACGCACCAAUCUCUUUCUGGAUCUUCAGUAAUUUGGAGCAUCUUACCAUUUAUUGGCUCUUCUUCAAUUUGAGAGUUAACUGAAGCCAUUAUUCAUAUGACAAGUGUGGGAUAUAUAGAGUUAAUGCAGUAUUCUUUCUUUCUGCACCCAGACCAACGUGCACGUGUGCUAGCCGUGAUAUUGACGUGAGCUGUGCAUGCAGACAUUAUAGAAGAACCUCUGUGGCUUUCCCCAAUUCACUCAUACUUUUGGAGUCCCUACUUGUCUCCAAUGAACUGCAUCUUUACAGAUUUCGCUCCUUUCCCCCAUGUGUAGCACUUAAUCUUCAAGCAGCACUUAAAUGGCUAUUCCAUAAUUAUUUAGGCUAGAUUAAGCUACAUCAUACUAAUAUACACGUCCAUUCACUUGCCCAAAGAACCUACUAUUCAACUCUUGGUUACUUGAAGUUCUGGAGAGAUGGAGAAUCUUUUUCAAGCAGCACCUUAAAUAUGCUUCUGGUUUAAAGCACUAUUACAUCGCUGGCAUAAGCAUUGCAUACCUUUUUAAAUUGACAUGCUGGUAGUGUUAAAAGGUGGCUUUUAAAGACUGUGAGUACUAAAAGCUACUCGUACGUCAUGGUAGUAUUGAAACUGGAAGAUGACUUGUAGGCUAGCUUCCAUGAAUCCCACAUGGGUAGAGUUGAAGGAAAUUCACACACUGGACAUUUUUGGUUCUUUAUGACUGGUCUUUUUUAAAGGUUUGAAUGGGGAUUCUAUUGAGUUGUAAGAUACAGAAAAACACAUUUAUAGAUGUUCCAACUGCAAAAUUAACAUGAAAAGAAACGUGAGGGAAUGGUAGCUGAUGAUUGGUUGAAGGCUGUUGAGAAUGUUGAAUGGACAGAAAGGUCUAGAGCAGGAAUUAUUUGCCCAUGUAUCCGGGUACAGAGUAUUUGAGUUUCAAUGCUUUGCGCAUUAGGUUUAGAAAAUGCUUGAAUCUCGGAUUUUGAUGGAAGGGUUUGUUGAUAUGAAAGCGGUGGUAGAAUCAUACGAGAUGCAGAGAUUAGACAAAGCUCUGAAGAUGAUUUAAUACAUAAGGAGUAAACAUAUGUAAAUGGCUUUCUCCUUGAGAACAAAAGUCCAGCAAAGAUUCAAUAUGAUAAAUUUUUGUAAUACUACAUAAUGAUGACCAUUGGGCAGAUGGAUAACUGGCUUCUCUCUUCUGGGAAAUAUGUGAGGAAAUGGGACGACCAGACCAGGUGAAAAUAAAAAUUCACAGGGCCCACUUAAGCAAGGACCACCCUUUGGCUCAGAGGACCAGUUUUAAGGAAGAAAACCAAUAUUCCAAAAUAUCAACAUAAUUUUCUUAUUUAAUGUUUUUUAUCUUCAUUGGGAUCUACAAUGUAGGGCUGAAUGUAGCUGUCCUCGUUUAUUUGAAUAAAGGCGUAAGUUAAGGUUUCAUCCAGAAAUUAAUUACCUGAUUAAGCACAAUAACUGUCUAGCUAUGAUUGUUCCUUGUACUUAUAAUCAGACAAUAAUCAGAGAUCGUGCAUGAUAAAGCUUUGUGUGUCGAUUUCUCUACAUGCUUUAUACAGAACUACGAGAAUCUCAUCUAUCAUAGGUUUAGAAAUAUCUGUGAAUAUAUAAAUGUUUGAAGAACACAUGUUGUUUUCAUGGUAAGCCAAGCAGUGCAGUUUGCUAUAAUGGAAUGUGCUUGACCGGGUGUUAAAAUUCCUUUCUGGGUUAAAUCUUGCUUCACCAGUUUGAGAGAAAAAUAGAAUGGAUCCUGUACUCAGUGUGUAAUGAAUAGUUUAGGAGGGUGGUGUAUCCGAUUACUGAAAUAUUAUUUCGAGCAUAUUACACUUUAAUUUGUCAAUUAAGUAUUAUUCCAAUCUAAGGAUAAGGUAACAUGGACUCUGUAACUUGUCCUGGAAGAGGCCAGUACUGGUGGUGUGUAUGCUGUAGGGAGGCCAUUGCAUUCUGUAUAUAUUCUGAGAAUAUGGGGGGGGGGGGGGGGGGGGGGUUUGGCUGACCCUACAGGGUGGAUUGGUGGGUGGAUGGACAUUACGCUGCGGUCCUUGAUGUAUUCUAUGUAUAAAUGAAAGGACCAACAGAUAUUAAGGCUGUUACGGCUCUCCAUUUAGUGACUUUGCAGAUGAAUGAAUGAUAAAACAAUAAGAACCUGGCUGCCGAGGCAUAUCUAUUUUAACAAUGACCUGUAGAGCGAUCAAGCAAAAGGUGUUGUCUUCAUCAUUAGGCUGAGUUGACUUGUAUCCCCAAUACGCAAAUGAAGUUUUCAUUAUAGUAGGCCAAUUAUUUCUGGUUUCAAAGGUAAUGUCCAAAAGCAACCAUGAUCUAAUCUUUAACUUUAAUCUGUAUUUAUACAUUAUUUUCACUAGUAAAUGGUCCAGUUUCUGUCUGUGGGUAACAACCUUGAUCGUUUGAUUUUUUUGUAAAAAAAACAAAACAAAACAUUGUUGACAAAAUCGGUGGAGCUCGGUGAUAUGAGAUGGGGUUCAUGGUGUGUAAAUGCGUUCUGCAGGAAAAGAAAAAAAUGAUUCCUACAUUGAGAAUGUCAGCUAUUGAAUGGCAGAUUUAACUGUGCGCAUGUUCCCAUAUUGCACUGAAUGUGUCAAUUCACUGAACACAGCAUUGUUCCAAGUUUUAUCCUCAAUGAAUAGCUUGGGGCUUAGUAAACAGAGCGUGUAGCUGUGCCAUAAAGCAGGCCCAAGUACAUUCAAUAGCUGAAAAUGAACCAGGCUGUGAUGUAAAUUUGAUGAUGUGCAGAUCUCUUUGAAUAAACGGGCCACAGGAGAUGGCAGUAUGCUUUCUACUGAUCUGUGCAAACUUGAUGCAACUCCAGAAUAUCUCACUGUAGGAGGUAGCGUAUACCAAUCAUGGAAUAGUACAGUGUGUGCUAAGCCCCUUAUAACUAUAUCUCAUUUAUAUCGAGAACUGCUUGCCUGGUAUUUAAUAGGAUAGUUAAAGUAUCUUUAGGAUUAUAUAAACUUUAUAUUAAUUGCAGCAUUUGGUUCCUUUUUUUUUUUUAAAAUAAGAAUCCGAGCCUUUUAUGCAUGCAUAGUAUUCAGCUAACCAUUUUUAGAACAUCUGAGUAAACGCAGUGACCGAAUCUU